UACAACCCUUACUAGAAAAGAAGAAAAAAAAAUAACAUUUGAUUUUAUUUGCACCGCAUGGAAGAUUACUCGUCUGUAUUCUUAUUUCAGAUGAGUAGGCUGCACCUUCAGUGGACAUGUUAUUCAUCGACUUGCACCUAAUUGGUUCGUAUUCUAUAGCUCCAUAAAAUUAGUCUUUUCAUUGGCUAGUCUGGUUGGCAAUCAUCGUUUCCAAGGUUUGAUUGUCGCCGUGCUUCUUGAAUGGGGCAUGAACACGGACAGAGAGCCGUCACUGAACCGACAGUAUUGCAUGCUUCCCGAUGUUCAACAGGAAAUAGAGGAACAAGUAUGUAGGGACACCACGGACAGGUAGAAUAUUGGUGUAUUCAGAUUCUGGCAAUCAAAAAAACCUAACUUCCAACAACUGCCACUCCUAAUUCUCUUGCAUCAUUUUGUAUCAUUGGCAAAGCUUUACUCUUUUAGAUCUACCCUGGAUCACUUUUAAUUGAAUUAUUUAAAAGGCCUUUGGAUUUCCUCCAUUUCCAACGUGGAUGAAGAAUGAAACAAAUAAUCCUGAAAACAUGGUACGAGACUCUAUGAUGGACUGCUAAGUCUGAAGAGAUAAUUCUCUUUACCUUCACUUACUGAAAUAUUGUGGAAGAGGUUUUGGACUAAGACGAAAAAUGUCAAAUCAUUUAGCAGGAGAUGCUUCGUUCAGCUCCCGGCAGGAACUGCUGAACUUAAAUGAACCUUGCUUGAGCACCAAUAUUUUAGAGAUUCGGAGUGAACAAGUAACCACUGAGAAAAUAAAGUGCAAUGGGACAAAAGUAUACAGUAAUUCUCACCAACACACGUCACACCAGAGCACGUCAGAAAAUGGGUGUGGCUGGGGUUUGUUCAAGCCCAAGUGUCUGCAGGUUUUCAACACGCCAAUAGGAAUACUCGUCUUCCUCUGUUGUGCUUCUUUUCUCCAGGGAAUGACUGUAAAUGGAUUUAUCAAUACUGUAAUUACUUCAAUCGAACGGAGGUUUGACCUACAGAGCUACCACAGUGGAAUGAUUGCCAGCUCUUAUGAUAUAGCAGCAUGCAUCUGCCUGCUUUUUGUCAGCUAUUUUGGGGGAAGUGGUCACAAGCCACGAUGGCUCGGCUGGGGGGUACUAAUAAUGGGGUUGGGGUCACUGGUGUUUUCUUUGCCUCACUUUUUUACUAGUGCUUAUGAAGUGGGCUUAACAGAGGAUUCUGGUUUGUGCAACAGCAGUCGGUCUACACAGUGUCAUGAAGGUACGUCGAGCUAUUCCAACUUCAGGUUUCUGUUCAUGUUUGGACAGUUUCUCCAUGGCAUUGGAGCAACCCCGCUCUACACUCUGGGAGUGACCUAUCUCGAUGAAAAUGUCAUGUCAAAUCAUGCUCCGGUUUACAUAGGUAUUUUCUACACAGCAGCCAUUAUUGGGCCAGCGGCAGGCUACUUACUCGGGGGCUUUUUCCUCCAAAUGUACACCGAGAUAAACACUAAGGUUAACCUUACUCCUGAGAACCCCCUGUGGGUUGGCGCAUGGUGGAUCGGAUUCCUUGGAGCUGGAGGAGCGGCCUUCCUCGUCUCCAUCCCAAUCCUUGGGUACCCUCGACAACUACCAGAGUCCCAACGUUAUAUGGCGAUGAGGGUCUCGGAGGCUCAUCAACUGAAGGAUGGGAGUCAGAAAACUGCAAUGGAGCCAGAUUUUGGGAAAACGUUAAGGGACCUACCCAGGUCAGCAUUGCUAUUGCUGAAGAAUCCAACUUUCAUCUUUCUCUGUCUGUCAGGAGCAACAGAGGCUACGCUGAUUGCUGGCAUGUCCACAUUUGGGCCCAAGUUCCUGGAAUCCCAGUUUGGUCUGAGCGCUUCUCAAGGUGCAACCCUCUUCGGGUACAUUGUGGUCCCAGCUGGCGGAGGUGGUACGUUCCUUGGCGGUUUUAUCGUGAAUAAAUUAAAACUCCGUUGUGGGGGAAUCAUCAAGUUGUGCGUCCUUUGGACGUUCUUGAGCUUGUUAGCUAUCUUCAUUGUCUCCGUUAACUGCCCCAACAUGCCAGUGGCUGGGAUCACUUCAACAUUCAAUGGCAGUUUUUAUGAUGCUGCAGUCAAUGUGACGGCAAGUUGCAACGUUGACUGUAACUGUUUAAUGGAAUUGUACAAUCCAGUUUGUGGAGCGGACGGUUUAAUGUACUACUCACCAUGUCAUGCUGGCUGCACAGAAUUCAAUUCAACGUUGCCAUCAGGCAGCAGAAAGAUUUACUACAACUGCCUCUGUGUAAUGGAGAAUCAUCCGUCGGGUCUGAGUUUUGCACGAUCCGGAAAAUGCACCUCGCCCUGCACACAAAUGCCGCUGUUCAUGACUUUCUUUUUCUUUGCAAUUUUAUUCACGUUUUUGAGCAGCAUUCCUGCACUAACAGCAACUCUCAGAUGUGUCCCUGAUAGUCAGCGAUCAUUUGCACUUGGUAUUCAAUGGAUCGUAGUUCGUACUUUAGGAGCAAUCCCAGGCCCAAUUGCAUUUGGCUCAGUUAUUGACAUCUCUUGCCUUUUGUGGCAGGAACAGUGCUCUGAGAGAGGCUCGUGUUAUAUCUACCAAAAUUCAGCCAUGAGUAACUAUCUCCUGAUUGCGGGAAUAACUUAUAAGGCAGUGGGGUCGGUAUUUUUUCUCCUGGCUCUCUUUUUAUACAAGCCACCAGGUUCUACCCUCAGUAGUUCAACCAUGGAUAACGCAGAAGAUGAAUCAGAUAAGGGUAUUUCACAAAAUACAGUUAAAAGAGUAAUUACUUUGUAAUUAACUCACACUUAAACUGUAUUCAAUGAAAACUGUUUUCAAGCCACUUCAUAUUAUUGGAUGUCAUCCGCCGCAUUCGUCUAAGUAGCCACAUUUUCAAAAACAUCUCAGCUUUUACUUGAGGUUGGGACUUUUUACAAACUUAACACUAUAAAUUGCAUAAGUUAAAUAUAUGCAGAGUCCAAGUCUACAGUGAAAGCAACCUCUUAAAGGUGAAUAAGCAGUGUUGUUUAUUUGCAAACAUUGUACUUACGUACAGGAGUUCUACAUCAUUAUGUCAGCCAUUGAUUUUGACAUGAAACAGAGUAUUGGGAUGAUGUUUACAUCUUCAAACUAUGUAAUAGCGCUUAAGGCUUUGUUGGAUAUUGGUAGGGUUGUAAUGACAUUUAUUUCAGCUGUUUACUUCUACACAAUGCCCUUUCUUAUUUGGACAAAUUCUGAAUUGUGUCUUUAAUUCUAAAUGAUUUAAUGCUAUGUUACACGUGCAUUUGAACAAUAUUGACAAUAAGAUAUUAGUACUAAGAUCAAUCUUCUUUCUUUCCAAAACAUCAAUUACUUGAAUCUUUUGCUCUAAUUUUGCCAUAGUGCACCCACAAGCGCUCCAAUAACUGACAAUGGUUGACUGUAGAGGACAGAAAUUUUAUUUCAGACCACAGUUCAAGCCCCAAGAAUGUAAAUGGAAUUAUGUCAAAUAGAAUGUCAUCGUCAGGAUUUGAUCCUGAAUUCAAGUGAGGAGUUUGCAUUUCUCUUUGCAUGUUUCUGCCAAUUGAAUUGGUUUCCUCCCAAAUCCCAAAGGUGUGCUGGUAAGUUAAUUGGCUUCAAUAAAUGAUCCCGUAAUGUAGACGAGAGGCAUAAAAAUCAAAGGGGUGUUAAUAGCAUAUGAGAGAAAAUGAGCCACACAGCUACAGAGAAAUGCAAAGACCUAGAAUGAGAGAGAUGGGAUUGCUCCACUGGAAAUCAGCAUGGUCUGGAUGGGCCAAAUGGCCCCCUUCCAUGUCAUAAUAAUGGAGUAAUGAGCAAAUAAAUAUCAUUGUUAAAAGAUAUGAAAUCCUGCUAAAUGUUGGUUGAUCAUAAUGUGGCAAUCAUCAAAUAAAUCUUAAAUAUUAUAUGUAAUGGAAAUCCAUGCAGACCCUAAGAAAAUGUAAAUAAAAUGAAUUUCCAGCAGAAAUAGAUAGAAAAUCUGCAUUUUUUAUAAAGUGCAAUCCUUUUCUCAUUUUCAUCUUGAUUAAUUGUUGCUGAAAGUGACCAGUUGUGCUCGAGAUGAGGGUUACCCAGAAGGAUGGGCAUGAAAGUAACAAUAUAGCUUCAGUUUUAAUAAUUAAUAUACUAGAUGUGUAUAUAUACUGUAUCUUCAUUACAAUAAAUAUUGUAUUUCAUCUCAAGGUGUAUAAAAGGUACACCUUGAGAUCUCACAAAAAAUUUGUAUAAAGAAAAACUCCAGUCAUGCACUAGACACAGUUCCAGAGUGUUAAGAACUGGAAAGAUCAUUAUUGGGAAUGUUGGUGGGGAUUUGGGAGUGGGGGAGUUGAUAUUGUGUUGAAGUAAAAAUAAGAGAUUCAGUGUCUUGAGGAUUAUUUAUUAUUAAAUACUCUCUUUCUUCAUGUGCCUUGCACGUUACAUGCUUGGGUGAUCAUGGCUCUCCACAUUGAACGAUCCCACACAGCGUCAACGAUAACUCGCACACUUAGAUAUGUUAGUUCUUUCACAGUGUACAUAUAUUUUCUUCUUUGCCUUCCUGUUCUGCGUUUCCCAGGCAUACAGCCUGGUAAUGUUAGGUGCUCUAUUUCUCCCUUUCUGAUGACAUGGCCCAGGAAUUUAAGUUUCCUCUCAUUUAAUGUUCUCAUUAAAGAUCUUUUUGUAUGGGCAUGUUGGAGUACUGUCUCAUUAGUUACCCUAUCUCUAUAUAUUUUCAGCAUUCUUCUAAGAAACCACAUUUAUGUAGCUUCUAAGUUUCUUUGGAGUUCUGGUGUUAUAGUCCAUGUUUCGGAAGCAUACUGCAAGAUUGGCCAGAUGUAACAUUUUAGUAGCCUAAGCCUUGUUGUCAUAGAAAUUUGCCUGUGGUAAAAAUGGGUUUCAUUUUUUGGAAGUUGGUUUUGGCAAUGGCAAUUCUUCUUUUUAUUUCUACUUUACUUCUAGCAUCUUGUGAUACAAAGCUACCAAGGUGUUUAACGCUGGUCUUUUGUUCAAUCUCUUGGUAACUGAUGUACAAUUGGCAGUUGGGAGUAUCCUGCUGUUUUGAUAUUACCAUACAUUUGAUUUUUUUUUUAGUUGAUGGUUAGACCAAAAUCUGCACUUGUUUGUGCUACUUUGUCUAGGAGGAUUUGUAGGUCUUCUGCAGCACUUGCUAUUAAGGUGGUAUCGUCUGCAUAUCUUAUAUUGUUGAUGUUAACACCUCCGAAUUUAUCCCAUCUAGGUCUUCUAUUUCGCUGAGAAUCAUUUCACUAUUGAUAAUAAAUAAUUCCGGUGAGGCAACGCAUCCCUAUCUAACUCCUCUUUGAAUUUUAGUCCAGCUGCUUAUAUCAUCAUCAAUUUUUACUGCCACCAUUUGGUUUCAAUACAGUAUAAAUUUUGAAGCAGUUGUUGGUCCUUUCCGUCAAUGUUUAGUUUAGUGAGAAUUUGAAAUAAUUUUCCAUGUUGCACUUUGUCGAAUGCUUUAGUGAAAUCAAUAAAACAUAAAAAGACAUCAUUUUGAUAUUCAAUGGCCCUUUCUGAAAGCAUUCGUAGUAUGAAAAUUGUGUUCGUAGUUCCUCUAUCAAUAAACCCAUAUUGCAGUCUAGAAGCUUCUGGCCUUAACUUGUUUUUAAUUUGACUUAGAACAAUUUUCAACAAAAUCUUUAUUAUGUUACUCAUAAAACUGAUUGUUCUAUAAUUUUCGCAGUCAAUACUUCCAGGAAUUUUUGACAGAGUUAUAAAUACUGAUUUCAGGAAAUCAUCAGGCAAUACACCAGACUCACGUACGCCAUUAAACAGUUCAAAAAGAAUAUCUAUACCUAGAUCUUCUAGGGCUUGUAUCAUUUCCUCUGAAAUUUCAUCAGGUCCACUGGCUUUACCAUGUUUCAUGCUUUUCAUUGCUUUAGUUAUUUCUUCUUUGGUAAUAGGUGAGCCAGAAUUAGGAUGUUUAAUAUCUGGGAGUUCCCCUCUAUUAUCUUCAAAAAGCUGCCUUAUAUACUGAAUCCACCUCUCACAUACUUUAUCUGGAUCUAUUAGUAUGGACCUGUCUGUUGAUCUUACGCAUCCUGUAGAGGAGGUUUUCUUAAUUCCAGUAACUUCCUUAAUUUUCUUGUGCACUUCUUUGCUGUUGUUAAUAUGGCCUCUGCUUCAUUGCAUUUUUGAUUCAGCUAUUCUUCCUUUGCAAUAUUGCACAAUUGUCUGGUCUGUCUGUCUAGUUCUCUGUAUUGCACUUCAUUAUUCUUCACUAACCUUCUUUGUUUCAUCAGAUCUAGAAUUUCUUGGGUUAUCCAUCCCUUGUUGGUAUGUUGGAUUUCUUGUACUGGGAUUAUCUCCUCUGCUGAAUGCUGUACAGCAUAUUUAAAUCUGUCCCAAAUAGGUGUUGUUUCGUUUUCAUUGAGGUGUUCUUCUACAGCUGUUUUGAAUUGUUGCUUAAGUAUGCUAUCUUUUUAAAUUCUCCAAGCAUAUACUUCUUUCUCUUUUUUCCACGUUUCAGUCUCUUUAAUUUUAUUUUAAUGGUAGCUAUUACUGGAUGGUGAUCUGAACCACUGUCUGAUCCUGGGUAGGCUUUAGAAUUUGUGAUAUUAUUUCUAAAGCGUUCAUUGAUGGUAAUAAAAUCUAUUUGAUUCCUUGUUCUAUCUCAAGGGCUAAUCCAAGUACAUAAUCUACGUGGAUGGUUUUUAUACCAAGUAUUGGUGAUCACUUGGUUGGUUCUGACACAUCAAUCUGUAAACCUUUCUCCAUUUUCAUUUUUCUCCCCUAAUCCAAAAGGUCCUAUGAUGUUAUCAACCCUUUCCCGUCCAACUUUGGAGUUAAAAUCUCCCAUGACUAGUUUUAUAUCCUGAGAUUUACAUUGUUCAUAAGCACUGUAGGGAUCUUCAUAAAACUUGUUGAUAUCCUCUUCAUCCAUAUCGUUUGUUGGCACAUAGGCUUGGAUUAUGCUAAUGUUAAAAGGGUUAUCCCUUAAUUUAACUAAAAACAGCCAGUCGCAUAUCGCCCAAUAUCCCAUAAGACAUUUUGAUACUUGUUUGUUUAAAAUAAUUCCAACUCCAUACAUAUGCUGUUGACCUCCAGAAUACAUUAUCAGAGAACUAUUCUUAGUGAAUUUGCCACUGUUGGUCCAUCUAAUUUCUGACAGGCCUAGAUAUCAACUUCCAACCUUUUCAUUUCAUUUAAUGUGUUGUCCAACUUUCCUUUCUGGUAAAGUGUAUGUAUGUUCCAUGUUGCUACCCUUGGCCUUUCCCUAUUGCUUACAGUCUCCGGACGAUGGUCUGGUGUCACCUGCAGCACAUGACUACUCCUACCGAACGAGGUGUUGUUCUGUUGAUUAGUAUCAACUCCAUUCAUGCUGUUGUCUGGUUUCCUUCUUUUGUUUCUUUCCAUGAUUGACUAGGCAGAAAUUUCAACAGUGGUUUGCCGUUGCCCUCUGUUGCCGCAGUGCUCAUCUAACUAGAGCAUUUGACCUCUACUGGUGUUCCCAAUUGGGAAUCAUACACUAGACGUCGCCCAACCUUUGCUGUUGUUGUACAAAGACAAUCCUCCACCAAGCUUGGAAUCCAUCUCCCUGCUGCCGGAGACUUCAGUGAUUUUAGGUGACACCACCACCAUUGGUCUGGUUAAUUUUCUGGCGCCAAACACUCGUCAUAGACAGAGCUCCUUCAGCGAGACAGGGUGUACCCGGACCUAAGUCCUAAGUGAAGGCGGAGUUGUCUUGGGUGGUAGAAGCUAUAUAAUCACUAUUGGCAUUUCCUGAUAUUUAGUCAGGACCCAACCACCCCAUACACCCCAUUAUUAAAUACUCCACUUUUAAAACAAGAACACAUAUUAAGAUUCAUCACCAUUAUGUGCUGUGUUGCAUGAUGUGGGCGAUCACGGUCUUGUCUGAUUGUUCUUGGGAAAUCUUUCUACAGAAGCAGUUUGCCAUUACCACCUUCUGGACAGUGUCUUUACAAGAAGGGUGACACCAGCCAUUAUCAUUACUCUUCAAAGAUUGUCUUCCUGGUGUUAGUGGUCAUAUAACCAGGAUGUGAUAUGCACAAGCUGCUCAUCCACCACCGGCCCCCAUAGCUUCACAUGACCCUGAUAGAGGGGCUAAGCAGGUGCUACACUUGCCCAAAGGUGACCUGAGCAAAGGGAAGGACGCCUUGUUCCUCCUUUGGUAGAGACGUAUCUCCACCCUGCCACCCAACAUAUAAGACACAUAACCUUUAUUUGUCUGACCUUCACCUGGUGUCAUCCUCACCCAUGACAGACCUCAUCACAUUCACAGCUGCCAUUCCAAUGAUUAUCAGCAUGAAGGUGCAUCUAUAACCUUCGUUCAUCUGUCACAAAAACAUCAAGGAGCAGAAUCUGUAGCAGUUGGGCAACAAUGCAGAAAUCCAUAGAUUACCCUUUGUCACAUUGGUGUUUCAAUCCUAGCCCCUGUCAAUCUCGUGUGUCAUUGCAAAAUACAUGCAGAGGUGUCACUUCACAUCCCCUCAACAACUACAUCACUCCCAUGCCGUGCAUCCCAGAUUAUCAGCCUAUGCCCCACAGCUACUUGGGGCAUGGGACCUAAUCAGGCUUUGGAUCACAACAGGAGUUGUGAUCAUGCAGUGGAUUUUUACAGUAGCAAAUUACAAACUUUUCUGCAGCUGCUAUGGCUGGGAUAGGCAAAGGUCUUUUAAGAACUGAUUGCCUUCCCAGCAAUGAGCAUGGGAAAGAUGUGGCAGCCUAACUGUACCAGCAAUCCUUGAUAGGAUCUGCACAAUUCCUGUUUCAGUGUGUAAUAUGCCAUAAGAUUCCUGUAAAUAUUUUCCCCUAAUUUUACUUUUUAAUGUGUCUAAAUAAAUAUCAGUACUAGCCACAGAGGAGAAAGUCUAAUUUCUGGAUAAUGGUCUCUACUGAGAUAAUAGGAAUAUCUGUUAUUACAGAAACAAUUAUGUGCCAUGAUGGAACAUCUUAAAAUAUUUGAUUGAUAAUAAGGAAUUUAUUAUUAAUCUUUAAGGUGAAACUUAUCAUUUAAUCAAAUUGUCUCAUGUUGUAAUCAAAGUUACAUGAUAUUACCAAAAUUAGAUAUUUCAGCAUAAGUAGUUGCUAUGCUUUUUUUUCUAUUUACUUUUGAAAAGCACUUUUUUUGCCAAUAUGGGGUUAAGGUUUAACACUGGCAAUUAGAGCAAUUUUAAUGCAGGAUUGUUCAAUAUUUCAAAAGAUUUGUGAUUUUCAAAAGGAAAUCCACGCUGAGAUUGAUAGGCUGUUUCAAUGCUGUAAUUUGUUGAAAAUUCUGUGAAAUGGGAAAAUCCUAUGAAGUUAGUUGUGUUUAAUCUCAUGCUAUUUAUCAAUUUUCCCUAGGGUUUGAAAGAAUGAGAAAUAUUACCAUUAAAUUCUUCAUUAGGUUGACCGGAUAACAGCUUGAAAGUAUUUCCUUCAAUUGUGAAAAUGUCCAACUUAAGGUCAUAGCAUCAGAAAAGGGCCAAAUUAAUAUACAGCAGAUGAGAAAUUUCCUCACACAAGGUAUUCAAGGUUUUCGAAUUCUCAAUCCCAGAGGGCUGUGACUACAAUGUUUUUGAGUAUGUUUUAAGGUAAAAAUAGAACUUGGAUUCCUAGAGAUACAUUAUGUGGCGAUAACAAAAAAUAGUGGCAUUGAGACAGAAAAUCAGCUUUUAGUUUAUUAAAUAACAAAGGAAACUCAAAGAUCCUGUACAUGUACUCCUAGUCCUUUACCUUAUAUUAAAGGGUGAAUCAUUCAACCAUGUAAAUUUGAUUUGAAAACUCAAAACUCUCCUAACCAAUAUUGAAAGAGUGCAGAAAAAAUUUACAAGGGGCUCGAAAGGUUGAAUGAGUUAGGAUUUUAUUUCCCAGAGCGCAGAACAACAGGAGAUUUUAUAGGGUUACACAAAAUUAUAAAGGACAGCUCAUUAGCUUAGUGGUCAGCAUAAUGUUUUAUUUACACUGCCAGCUGUAAAAUCGGCAUUCAAUUCCCGCCGGGGGUGGCACGGUAAGGUAGCGGUUAGGGUGAUGCUUUACAGCACCAGCUGUAAAAUCAGGGGUUUAAUUCCCGUUGUUGUCUGUAAGGAGUUUAUAAGUUCUCCCCAAGACUACCUGGGUCCCUUCAGGUGUUCCGGUUUCCUCCCAUAUUGCAAGACGUAUGAGUUUGGGUUAGUACAUUGAGGACACACUAAGUUGGCACCAGAAGCAUCGCUACACUUGCAAGUUGCCUCCGGUACAUCUCAGUCUGUGUUGGUUGUUGACACAAACAAGGCAUUUCACUCAGUGUUUCGAUGAGUCAGUGUACAUGUGGCACAUAAAGUUAAUCUUUAAAUCUUUAUAUUGGGUCAAUACAUAAGACUUUUUUCUCUUAAGUUGGGUGAGACAAGAGCUAGAGGUCUUAGAUUUGAGAUGAAGGUUGAAAUAUUUGAGGAGAAACCGAGGGGGUACUUCUUCACUCAGAGGGUGGUGCAAAUGUAGAUCCAAGAUGUCUGCCGAAGUGAUGGAUGUGCGUUCAAUUGCGACAUUUAAAAGAAGUUUGGAUAGGAACAUGGAUAGAGGGCUAUGUUCUGGGUGCAGAUCGAUGGAACUAGGUAGAAAAAUAAGUCAUCAUGAACAAGAUGGGCCUUGAUUUUGAUAACUAUAUAUAAGCUGUAGUGUUACUGAAAUAAUUGAAUGUUUUUUAAUUGAGUUUCACUUUCCAUUUGGAUUACUAAGCAAUUCAAUUUUAAUUUUAAGUUAUUAGAUGUAAAUUGCACAAUGUGGUGAUAAAGUUUAAAAGUGCUCCAGAGUCUUUUUCCUCUUGGAUACUUAAUGAACUUCCAUGAAGUGAGAUGUUUUGACAUAAAAAUGGAAUCAUGUGAAUUAUUUAGAACUUAAGAAUUGGAGAUUAGGGCACAUAUGGAGCUGUUCUGGUGGCUCUAAUUUGUUUCGCAGCCAGUCAGAAUAAACCAGGGGUUCCCAACCUUUUUUUAUGCCAUGGACCCGGACAAUUAAUCAAAGGGUUUGCAGACCCCAGGUUGCGAACCCCUGGAAUAAACAAAGAAUAAGUGGUAGGAAAUAGACUGAAUGAUCUGAGAUUGGAUAGUAUUUACACAUUGCUAUAACGGUUGUUAUUAAUCUCAGUGUGGUAAUAUAUGGUAGAAAAUCAUAAAUUUGUAUCUGUCCUUAAAUAUACGUUAUAAAUGCAAACAGCUGUCACAUAGAGCAGUGAACUGUUUUGGUAAGUUUGCAAAUCAGUGCAUCCUAUUACAUAGUGUAUUGAGAUAUAUACUGCUGCUGCAAAAUUGAAAAUUUUGUUUCAUAUACAUUUGUUCUGGAAAUAAUUCAGAAAAUGUGUAGCUUGGGUGGUUGAUGUUGAGGUGUUCUCUGACCUUGGCAAUUUGCUUGAAAAUGUUUCUUCGCUGUUCGAGGAGACAUAAUCAGCACACUAUUAAUAGUGGUGUUCUCUGAAUGCUUGGCCUUUAAAUCCUUAAUCAAUCACCUGAUUAACAGUGCACUAUUGUUGUAUCCUCGUUUGGUGACAAAAUGUUUGCAAAUAAAUUGCUAAGAUCGGAGAAUAACACUUUUUCUGUAAGUGCCAUUUAUCAAAAAGACAGCCUGAAGACUUUUUCCUCAAAAAAGCACACACUAAAGAGGUUGUUUGCAAGACUACCUACAGUAUGUAUUAACCUCUGCCAUAUACUGUAUAUUUAAAAUGAUUAUUACAACAAAUUAAAAUAACUUUUAUAUUUGCUGAAAGCAGUUUCUGUUUAUUUUUUUAAAUAAGGUUAUUUGUUUUAGUUGGUAUUUUGUUUUAAUACAAACAGAUAUUUUAAGAAUUAUUGCAAUACCAUGUGGAAUUGCUGAACAUAUUUAGCAUAUCACUAUUUAUUUCAUGGCAUAAAUUAUAUUUGGAAUUAAUAUGGAAUGAAUUAUGUAUUAUCUUGCUAAAUUAAUAUUCACACUAAAAUUAGUAUAGUCUCUUGAAUCAUUAAACUGAGUACAUUGGUAUAAAUGCUGAAGGAAAUUUAUAUGUAUUAUUGUUGACCAAAACUGAUUACAGUAUAGGAAUUAUAGCCAACUGUCUGUAUGAGGCUUGCAUAAUAAUCUUGAUGUCCAUGGAAAAGUUGAUUAUUAACAUUUUAUUCUAUGCUAUAGUCCAGCCCCGUAGCCAACCAAGUACCUGACAUUAAUGUCACCUCACUUCCUAUCCCUAAUUGUGACCUGAUCUCCAAUCCCAUCUCACAUGUCUCCAACCCCACCACAUCAUCAAUGUUAGACGGUUGGAGUGGAACUUACUCACAAGUUGCCAUCCACAUAACAUCCCUCACCUCCAAAAUUUAAUCUGGACUCACCUGAUUCUAUUCAAAUGAUAAACCAUGCAAGACUUGAUUUUGCAGGACCUGCUUAGUAUCAGAAACUAAAUGGGGUAUUGUGUACUACUGAAUUUUACAGCAACAUUUUGAUUAUAACCCCAUUACGUUGUGACCAUUUAUUCUUUGCUACCAAAAUAUAACAAUAAAUAUAGCACAAUUGAUGGCUUUAUAACAAGACAAUAUUAGUGAAGAAAAAUAAAAGAAUAUUUGUACAUCCUGAUGUAUGUGAUCAUCUGGAUUGCUGCAGAAAGUUUUUAUAAAUUUGUUAUAUAAUUGUCAAUGUAUUUUUGCUGGUAAAGUUUUGAUCCCACGUUUGAAGCAGAAGUUUAGACAAUUUGAUGUGCAUUGAUUAUGUAGUUUAACAUGCCUGACAAAGAUUGUGUAUUUUUACAUGCCUUUCUUUAAUUGGAAAUGUUGAAAUUAAAAUGAAUGGAUCUGCAAUUUUUUUGUAACUGUCAGUCAAUGUAUAAUUUUCUGCACAAAUAUGUUUAAAUAAAAAUUGUUUCAGAUUUUGUUGUCUCUAAUUCAAUGGGUGGAAAAUGGUUGACAUGAAUUCCUCUCAUUAAGUUGCACUACAUUUGUUUGUGUUUUCCUGGUUUAUGUAAUAUAGU